AUUCUCGGCAUGGGGGAAAAAAGAAAAUGAUUCGGAUGGAUUUAGUUUGCGUUUCUAGUUGAUGUUUUAAUGACGGAAGGAGUAAAAGCGCGGAAGCGUGAGAUCUUUGAACGGGCAGGCAAGUUGAUUCUCAUUUUAAUUUCAGUGAUUUAAAUGAUGAAAGCUCGUUUUGAAUCAACAUAAGAUUCAAAAUGGUAAAUAUCGAAAAAUUCGAUUAUACUUCUGAUUUUGUUAUCUCGUUUUGAAAUGUGAAAUUCUGAAACAAUUCUUUAUCGAACAAACGUGAUCAGUUUCCGGUCUGUUAUCAAAGAAAUGGAUACCGAUUUCGCAUCUAAAAAGGAAAGAUUACUAUUUCCAAAUACGCCGAUUUUUUGGAGAGAAGCUUCAUACUUCCGAGAAGAUUGUCAAAUUAUAACGAGAAAACAAGCCAUAAAAGUUCACGAAUUAAAGAAUAUAAGCAAACGAACAGAUACGAAAGAAAAUUCUACUUUAAAUAGUUUGUCAUUUGCAGAGAAGGUUUUUGAUGAAGCUGUUAGUUAUUAUGAAAACCGAGUAAAUCCGGUAAAAUAUUCUAACUGUGUUGAGAAAACAAACGACAGUGGCGAAAGAAUCUCUUCUGAAGCACUUGACAGAAAAAGAGUGUCAUUUUCUCGAGACUUUGUUGAACUUACAGAAAAAUACUUUGGAAAAGAAGGAAAUUCAGUUCCUAACCAAACGCAAAAAAGUUCGCCAUUUGAAUCAAACAAAAAAAUUGAUCAACCGAAUCAUCGCAGGAAGAAGCCUGAACUGCCCUGGAAACAACGCAAUCGCACAUUUAGACGGAAAACUGGUAUAAUUUUCUCUAGAAAUCGUUCUGAAUUUCUCCGAAAGCGUUUAUGUUUUGAGAAUACCAAUAAUUUAGAUUCAUCGAGGAAGAAUUCUGAACGAGACAGUCACGCUGGACAUAGCUCAGAAUCAUCGAACAAGAAUUUUGAAUCUGACGACAGUAAAUCAGAGAUGUCUUUAAACGUAAAGAACGAAAUUCCAACUGCUCGCAAGCCGCCGAUAAAGGCAAUUUUGGAUAUUUUAGAAAUCGGUUAUCCAGAAAAUAAUAAAGUUCAGAAUAGCAAUGAAAAUGUUCAAACGACGGCGUUGCAAUCUGAUUCGGAUGGAACGGAUUUGCUGUGCAUUCAGGUGUCAUCGGGCGAACAGUUCUGCAAAAAAUUCCAGCUUUCUCAAAAAGAACUGCUAAGACUCAAACGAGAUUUUCCUAGAUUGGCUUUACUCAUCCCGGAACCAAGUAGAUCAACAAAGGUUGAGUACCGCGCGGAAAUCGUCUUGGAGUUCUUGAGAUACAUGUGCGGCAUAUCGAACAGCUGGACGAAACUAAUUCCGGACUGGAGAACUGCUGUCGAAAUGUUAGCCCUCGCGAAAACAUAUCAUCUGAAACACUUGCGUAAUUCCAUUGUUGCCUACUUUAAUGAUAACUUCAUUCAGGAAGAAAAUGCUGAGGAAGUGUUUAAACUGUCGCACCAUCUUCAAGUCUCAGAAGUUCUUACCCUGGUCAAAGAGUUUUUGGGGGAGUUGGGGUACUCUUUCACAGAAUUGGAAAAUGACGCCGUAGAACUUAAAAAGAUUCGAAAAACUUGUGUGGUGUCGACGUUUUUCCACGAGGAGCCGCUAGUGUUCACAUUUCCUUUGCACAAAAUGCAGGAUAGCAUCGCUAGCGUAUUUCCCAAAGAUGUGGAGAACAAAAUAAAGUUUGAAUCAUUUGAUGGCCAUUACGAAAUCAGUGGCAUUCAGUUGAAAUUCCUGCCUACGGACAAGGACAUUGAGUUGGACAUCUUUUGCGAUUUGUCAAACGAAAGUGAAGGCGCAAAAUGGGAAGAACACUGUGAAAAAAAGCUUGAUUCGGCGGUGGUUAUUGAAUUCCGGAAAAAGCUUUCGGUGAAACCCAGGCAAACAGCAGUAAUAAAUGUUACCAUCGAGGAUUUACAACCGCGUUUCACUUACUCCGGGAAGGAAACUCAGAUUGAAGAAAUAUCUGAAUAUGGAACAUUCGUCGUAACACCUUCUAGUAAUUGGAAGGUACAUGCUGAUUAUAAAAUAUUUUUUGUCGAAAAAAUAUUGUAUUUUGCAAAGAAAUAAUCCCCCCCCCCUUUUUUUUUUGAAAAAUUUCGAAGGUAUGUGAUGGCAAUUAAGUUUGAAUUAUGUUUGCUUAUAUUUAGUGAUAUAGUUUUAAAAUUCUUUUUUUUACAAAUGGCAUCAACGGUAAUUUAACUUUCUUCAAGGCAAAAAUCCUUUAUUUAAGAUUACUUUAAAUUGAGCUAUCAAUUACUUUAAAUUGAGCUAUCAAUACUGUUCAAAUAACGCUUAGAUUGUGGUGCUUUGAAAAGCAAUUAUCUUCCUUUUGGGCAAGAAGCAAUCACUUUGUUACAGCGGAAAUGAGUUGUUAAAUCUUAAGCACUUUUUUGCUUAGUUACCGUUAAACAAUGUCCAAGUACAGUUUCAGUAUUUUGUCUUAAAAUUACCUAUUAAUCGAAAAAUAAAAAUUUUAAUUUCGGUUUCAUUUUGCAAAAGCAAGCUGUUGUAACUAUUGAUGAAAUAGAAAGUGCUCUUUUUUUUCCGAAAUGCUGUUUGCUCUUGUAAUGACAUAAUUCAAAUUUAAUUGAGAAGUUUUUGCUGUGCAUAAACACUGAUUUUCUAUAAGAGUCAAGGACGACUUAAAAUUAUUCAUCAAACGUAUAAAACAAUCAGAGCUAAAGUGGAUCAAGUCCAUCUUGACUUAAUCUACUUUAGCUCUGAAUGCCUCUUUUAUGAAAGUAGCAUUUCGUUGGCAAAAUUCACUACGCUCAAAGCGAAAGUCGAUUUAGUGGAAAUGGACUCGAUACUUAGCUCUUGCUUUUUAAAUAACGAAGGAAAGAUAGUUGAAAAAAAAAAGUUUCUGUGAAAGUGUUCUUCAUUUUUCGUUCAAAAAUCCAUUCGUAGGGAUACAACUAGAAUAAAAAAAAAUCUGUCUUGUUACGUAGUGCUAUUCGAAAGUUCGAGACAGGCAGAUGAUACAAUUAUGUGUCUAUAAAAAUAAUGAAAGCAAAUGUUUUCGCAGUUGUUCGUCUUUGAGAUUCAUCUAUUGCAUGAAAAGAUGCAAAUCUUCACAUCUGCUGCUCCUCAAUUAUUCCUGACGCAUAGGACGUAUUUGAACACGUUUUUAUUCUCUCACUCUUGCAUUUGUUGGCACUAUGCAGGUGCUAGUUGAAUCAUCUGGACUUAAGUAUUUGUUGUCAUAAUUGGAAAUCAAGGACAAAUUAUUCACCUUUUUGUCAUGUUAAACUCUGAACAAAUGAGGAAUACCUCUGAACAAAAAUAGAGAAAUAUUUUUCUGAUGCC